GACUGCAUUUUUUUCGUAGGACUCGUUUGCCCGUUUUUGCAGGUCAGGCUUUCAUCCCACAAAGCCUUGUAAAGGAUCGGAGAAUGAGAACUCCCAUUUCCAGUUCUUGUUAGAAGGAAUCAAAGGCGAGAGAGAGAGAGAGAGAGGGCAGAUGCAGUCUUCAUUUCCAGGGUUAUUUCUCUCAUAUUCUCCACUCGAUAGGUUUUAAGAGCGAUCCCCAAUCCCCAGUCGGAGGAGGCGAAUUUCCAGAAAUCCUGAAUCGAGGCGAAAGGGAUAACGGAAUCUUCUAUGGUUAUGGUUCCUGAGAAGGUUCUUUCAAAUAAGAGAUAUCGUCAUUGUUAUUUUUCAACAUCAGUGUCGAAUGAGGCGGGAAGAAACGGGAAAUGGAGGUCAGAUCUGAGGUGUUCGGGCUGAAAUGCGAUAAAUUGUUCUCUCCGAUGCUCCUACGUAGGAGUCGUCUGCAGGUCUGGCUUAUCCGUAUCUGUUCCUGCAUUUUGCUCUGGACAUGCCUCAUCCAGCUGGUUGCUGUUGGGGAGCUCUGGCAUCCCCGCUUGCCCAAGGCGUGGAACAUUCGUUUGGGUUUUGGAGAGUUGUCCAAUCGGCUGAACAAGAUCACGAUCCCUUUUGAUGCUGUUCCCGCUCCGCCGCCCCUCCUCCCUUUGAGAGUCUAUAAUAGCAAUGGCUAUCUUAAAGUAUCUUGCAAUGGAGGCCUGAAUCAAAUGCGUGCUGCGAUCUGUGACAUGGUAACAGUUGCACGCUUUUUGAACCUCACACUGGUUGUUCCAGAGCUUGAUAAGACAUCAUUUUGGGCUGAUCCUAGCACUUUCGGCGACAUUUUUGAUAUAAGGCAUUUCAUAGAUUCAUUAAGAGAUGAAGUCCACAUUGUUAAAAGGCUCCCAAAGCGCCUUAAUCGUAAGACAAUCAGUGACUUGCUUGUGAUGCCUCCGGUGAGCUGGUCCAAUGAGAAGUAUUACUUGCAACAGAUUCUCCCCCUCUUUCAAAAAUACGAAGUCAUCCACUUCAACAAGACGGAUGCACGUCUAGCAAACAAUGGUCUCCCAACUGAGCUACAGAGGCUUAGAUGCCGUGUCAAUUAUCAUGCAAUAAAAUUUACCUCUCGAAUAGAGGCUUUGGGAAACAAAUUGGUUAGAAUUCUUCAAGAGAAGGGAUCAUUUGUGGCGUUGCAUUUGAGAUAUGAGAUGGACAUGUUGGCUUUCUCUGGUUGCACUCAUGGCUGUUCAUUGGAGGAGUCAGAGGAGCUCAAGAGGAUGAGGUAUGCAUAUCCAUGGUGGAGAGAGAAAGAGAUAGUGUCUGAAGAGAGGAGAUUGCAAGGUCUGUGUCCUCUUACACCGGAGGAGACUGCUUUAAUUUUACAAGCUUUUGGUUUCAAGAAGGACACUCAGAUAUAUGUUGCUUCUGGCGAGAUAUAUGGCAGUGAAAGGAGGCUUGCUGCAUUACGAGCUGCAUUUCCUAGAACUGUAAAAAAGGAGAACCUACUAGAUCCUGAGGAGCUGCAUCAAUUCCAGAACCACUCAUCUCAGAUGGCAGCUCUAGAUUAUAUGGUCUCAAUUACAAGCAACAUAUUCAUUCCGACUUAUGAUGGAAACAUGGCAAAACUUGUUGAAGGUCACCGAAGGUAUCUUGGUUUUGGAAAAACCAUCUUGCUGGAUCGAAGGAAAGUUGUGGAGCUGAUUGAUUUGCAUCAGAAUAACAUGCUUUCGUGGGAUGAGUUUGCUUUUGCUGUCCAAGAGGCACACAAGAAUAGGACGGGGCAGCCAUCUCACAGGAGAGUUAUCACGGAUAGGCCCAAAGAGGAAGAUUAUUUCUAUGCAAAUCCUCAUGAAUGCCUGUGUGAACCAACAGAAUGCCUUGUCAGGUCCCAUAAUACGAGUUUCAUCCUAUGAGGCAAGCUGUCGAAAAUGGUGCUCCUACCUAAGGUUGGGAGUUGGAUGAAUUGGACCUCUCGAAGCCCAUGAGAGCAAUCAUACGCACACAAGCGUGUCCGCCAAAUGCCUGAUUCAAUGGUAUUUUUAUAGCUCUCUUGAGUUGCUUGUUGCUUUGCCCUCCAUUUCUUUGUUAAUAUCUUUAUUUGUUUGUUGGGUUUGAGAUGGCUCCAUCGGGGUAUUUGUUGUAAAUCUGUUUUACUAACUUGAGAUUCAGGAAAAUCAUUUAAUUGGGUCACUUCAAUCCAAGCAUUGUAGCUUGCAA